AUGUUGAAUCCACAAGCUACAGUUUCAUCAUCAUCAUUUUCUCAUAACGUUGGUAACAGCACUCCGACCAAAAUAAAUUCGUCAUCAUCAUCAGGCUUUUCAAAACAUGCAUCAUCAGAGUAUUAUAAUCGGACGUUGGUGGUUUUGGGAGAACAUGUUUUUGAUCCGAAUCAGUCGUUCAUUGAGGAGUUUGAUUUGUACAUUGAAAGUAAGAAGGCUAAAAAGCAAUUAAAGUAUUCAAAGCCACAAUGGAGUGUUACACUUGAAACUAUUUUAGAUCAUUGUCGGAUGGUCAAUGACAUAUUUCCUGAGGAGGCCGGAAUAUGUGUAGCACUUCAACAUCACAGCAGUGAAAUCGCCGUAAUGAAUGAAUGGAAUUGGGAGCAACAAAGUUUUCUAGAAAUUUCAAGCAACCUUGCUACUGGUAUUGACCAGUUACACGGAACACCAUUGGAUAUUGAAAAAAAGACAUCUCCAUAUCCAUUCCCUACAAUUCAACAGCUUGAAAGAUUUUGUCAUAAUAUAUUUCUACAAAUAUUUUCUCAAAGCGAUGUCAAGGCAAGAGAAAAGAGUCAACACAACGUGAAUUCUACUUUUAAAGUGAUUUAUGUCACUAAAUGCUCAUUGGAACAAGAAGAAUAUAUAGAUCUCAAAACUCAAUUAAUAUCCAACCUUGCCAUUGUUUUUGAAAAGCAAUUUGAAAAAUUUAAAUCUGAAGUUCGACAAUUUAUGCAACACACUCCAGAUACUACCUCUACCUUUAAUGUUAUGGAAUAUCAACUCAAAAUGCAGCAGUUUAAACUCUUUUCAUCGUUCUCUGAAGAGGAUUUGGACAAACUCUCAUGUACCUUGGACAUCAUAAUUCCCAUUCCAAAACUGAAAGAAUUUUUACAAAAUGUGGAUGAAGAGACAACCUUCAUUUGUCAGUCUUUGGAUUAUCAUACAUCACAAUUCAGAAUCAAUCCAGCUCCAUUUGAAUCUGUAAAAAUAUGGGAUAUUGAAAGAGACAGUUUUGAUAGAAUACUACGAGAGAAAAUAGCGCAAAAACAGUACGGACUUGUUGUCAUUGCCGUUCAAGGAAUUCCAAUGAGAGAUGUCUCGGAAGGUACUUCCAACUAUGAUGUAUUUUUGGCAUGUAAGGGAAUUACCUUUGACAUGAUUCAAGAUGUGAACAUUUCUUCAGGAGUGAUCAACUUGAAAUGGGUUCGAGCGGAUCCAAACAAAAGAACCAUUGAGCACUUGUACACUACAAAAUCUGUACAUAGAAUCACACCAAUCACUCCCUACACUUUGCCAACCAUUUGCCUGAUGAGACACUUGUCCACCAAGAAACCAGUGACACUGGUCUACGAAUCGGAUUAUAACAAGACACAUAACCACUCUCCAACUCAUCUCAUAUUACAGCAUGGCCAAGAUGUUUAUUUACAUGUUCUUCAUUUGAACAAGGUAUUUCAACCAUAUGUUUCCAUCUCUCAAAGUGAAGAAAAUAAUUUAAAGUAUCGAGUGAAUGAAUUUGUGGAUGUCAUUAAUAAUCAUUUGGUGAGAAUUAAUGUGAAAAGAGACACUGAGAAGGACUCUUCACGCACUGAAGACCCUGAACAUUCUCUCAUGAAACAUAAUAAUUUUAUUUACAACACUCCGUCCAGCAUUGAGAGGAGUACGAGAUUCUUCCCACUCACCGCUGAUGAAACGUCAAUUUUAACAUUUGAAAACGCUAAAGAAGUGUAUCCAACUCUCUUCUCGAAAAUUAUCACACCCCUCAUGAAUUCAGUCCUUCGAAAAUCCCCAGAAAAUUUCACGGAACUCGAUAAGAAUGAUUUGGAGAAGAUGCUUACCAAAUUUUAUGAGCACUGCAAGAUGAAUGAUGAAUCACUAUUUCCAGAGCUCAAGAAUGAUCACACCAAACGUUGGAACUCGUACAGAAAAGCAUGGGGCGAAUUACGAAUGUUUUUGUUAUCGCUUGGCUUCAAGGAAAGUGGAUUGGCUGUCAUGGAUCGAUUGUGGCCUCAAUUUUUCUUUGACAAGGCCCAAGGAGAUUCGGACAAUACAGGACGUAGGGCCAAGAGAGUUGUAGAAGUGCAACGAGAUCGUUAUGGUAAUAUUGUGUUUCCAAUUCCAUUGGGAGCAUUGACUGUAUUGGCACUUGGAAAAGUGGUAUACGAUCGACCAACCUUCCAUACCGACAAGUACAUUUGGCCAGUCGGAUACAAGAGCACUCGGUACUAUACCAGUGUCAAAGAUACGAAUAAGCGAUGUUUGUACACGUGUGAAAUCAAAGAUGGUGGCGAGGCGCCAAUAUUUGUAUUGACCUCAGAUGACAAUCCCAAUGAAGUGAUUGAGGCACCAAGUGCAACGGCUGCCUGGACUGCCAUUGUGAAACAAAUUAACAAGAUUAAGAGCGAGGAGUCUGGAAAGAGAGUUUUCACAAACGUGAGUGGACCCGAAUACUUUGGCCUCGCUCACCCAACCAUUAUGAAACUCAUUUCACAAUUGCCCAACGCAGAGAAAAUCAAUCGACCAAACGCUCCUCAUCAACCUGUGAAAGCAGAAUCAUCGACCAACGAGCUACAGGAGAGUAGUGACGAUGAGUUUUCAUCGGCGGCCGCAGUUUCAACACCCACUCCAAACGCAGCAGGCUCCACAGGCAGUCACACACCAACACCAACACUUCAACCUUCCCAAUCUCAGGCCAGUAUUGCUACUUCUGUGUCAGCAGUCACUGCUGGAGGUGGUGGUACUCCACAAUUAAGCGAUGGAGGUACCAGCGCCCAAGACGCUUCCCAUUCACCCAAUCAUGGAACGACAGGACCUGAUCUUUCAAAGAAACGUGCCAAACGAAAUGAAGCAGUAUUCUAUGAACGUGACACAGUUCGGAAUGAAAUUCAAAAGGUUCCAUGGACCCCAACCAUGAAUUUGCAACAAUUCUGUGAGCAGAGAAAUCAAAAACUUGUUGGAAAGGUUUUAGAUGGCGAAAAUGAAGGAGAAAAAGCUCUCUACGCACAUUUAAAUCUAAAUACAAGCGAUAGAUCUAGAGAUCAACCUUCCUCUUCCUCUGCAGGCAAUCAUCACUACAAUCAAUACGGAAAUGCACAAGGUCAAUAUCACGGUGGAGGAAAUCGACAACGAAAAUAUGGACAAAAGAGAAAAUUUGGUCUUUAUCAAUGA